UGUCCCCGGGCGUCCCGGCUCCAGCUCUGGGGGUGGAUAAAGGGCAGUAGCUGGGCACCUUUUGGGGCUGGGGCCGGUGCCCCCCCGGAGGCUGAGCCAUGGCCUUGGGGCAGCUGAGCUUCAGCGAGCUGGGCGCCGAGGAGCCACCCAUGGGCGAGGAGAGCCUGGCGGGCCUCAAGGCGCUGACGGCCAAGCUGAAGCUGCAGACGCGGCGCCCUUCCUACCUCGAGUGGGAGGCCAGGGUGCGGGGGCAGCCCUGGGGCAGCCGGGCCCCCAGCGGGGCAGAGGGGACCCCAGGCGACCCCAGGGGUGAGGAGGGCGGCGGCGUCUGCGGCUUCCCCACCGUGGGGGCGGCUCUGGAGUGGCUCAGGACGGAGCUGCGGGAGCUGCAGGCUGCGGACCAGCGCCUGGCACAGCAGCUGAUGCGCCUGCGGGCACAGCUGCACCGGCUGAAGGUGGAGCAGGCCUGCCACCAGCACAAGGAGAUGCUGGACGACGCCACCUUCGGCCUCGAGGGCUGCGAGGAGGACUCGGACCUGCUCUGCAACAUCCCUCCCAAGGCUGCUUUCCUGCUCUCCAUGCCGCUGAAGCACAUCGGCGUCACCCGCAUGAACAUCAACUCCCGGCGGUUCUCCCUCUGCUGAGCGUGGCGGGGCCCCGCGGGCACCCAUGGGUGCACCCAGGCCCGGUGGGACUCGCGGGUGCCUCCUGAAGCACCACAGGGAUGGCGGGGCUGGGGCUGAGCUCCCUCGUGCAGGAGGUGCUCAGUGCCACGGGAAAUGCCACUGUCCCCGUGGGACACAGGGUGUCCUGGGGCACCCGCUGCCCCAUCCCCGGGGAUGGCAGGGUCAGCAAGGUGAACGACGUGGGGGCAGCUCUUUGAGGCGGAAUAAAAGGAGGCGAUGGUAAGA